AUGUUCGACGUCAACCCAACGACUGUUCGCCGCAUAUGGCGCCGUGGUGCUGUCGAUCUGACAGGACAAAUAACCAUUUGUCUUGGGGUGCACCAACCAAAAAAGGGCAACUGUGGGCGCAACCGUCAGCACGACGACCUGCCCCAACGCAUCCAAACUAUACCCCAAUCCCGUCGCUACUGCUUCCGCACCUUUGCACACCUCCUCAAGUCCACUGUCCUGAAGCCUGCCCUCACCGACUUCAACAAGGUUUGUCACCUCAACUGGGCCAUCCAGCACGUUCAAGAUGUCGACUGUGCCAAGUUCUUCGACCCAAUGCUCGACACUGUCCACAUCGACAAGAAAUGGUUCUUCAUGACGCGAUUGCGGAAGAAGGUCUAUGGCGCCCCGGGUGAGAAGAUCAAGCAGCGAUCAUGCAAGUCCAAGCAGCACCUACUCAAGGUCAUGUUUCUGACAGCGGUUACCCGGCCACGUUGGGACGAAGACAAGAACGAAUAG